UUUUGGACACUGAAAAACAUGCGCUACUGAAGAAAACAGAGAGUCCAAAAACAGAGUCGGUCACCAAAACCACAAAAAUUCUCAUCCAAUUACCAUGGAUUCAUUCUUCUUUCCCUCCCCAAAUUCAAUUUCAUCUCCGGAGUCCUCUUUUGGGUCACCGGAAUCUUUCUCUCAGAGCUUUUCAUUCAAUAACAGCUCUCUUCCUUUCAAUGAAAAUGACUCGGAAGAAAUGCUUCUGUACGGACUAAUAGCUGAGGCCACACAAGAAGCUACGUCUACCAAUAGAGUUAAGGAAGAAGAGGUGAGUUGGGGAAUUGAGGAGAAUCCGAGUAAAGAAAAAUCCUAUAGAGGAGUUAGGAGGAGGCCAUGGGGGAAGUUUGCGGCAGAAAUAAGGGAUUCAACUAGACAUGGGAUUAGGGUUUGGUUAGGGACAUUUGAUAGUGCAGAAGCAGCUGCUUUGGCUUACGAUCAAGCUGCUUUUUCAAUGAGGGGUUCAUCGGCUAUACUCAAUUUUCCGGUGGAAAGGGUUCAAGAAUCUCUAAGAGAGAUGAAGUGUGGCAUGGAGGAAGGGUGUUCACCGGUGGUGGCACUCAAGAGAAAACACUCCAUGAGGAAGAAAAUGAUAAACAAGAAGAAGAAAGAGAGAGAAGUGAGGAUAGAAAAUGUGGUGGUGUUGGAAGAUUUAGGAGCUGAUUAUUUGGAAGAGCUUUUAAGUUCAUCUGAUCAAAACACCGCUAGGCCUUGGUGAAUGAAUAAAAACUCCAGUUUCAGAGGCCUUAGUCUUGUUUAUUUUUUUCUUUUAAUUAUGUGUUUCUUCUUUUAAUUUUUUUUUUUCUUGUUUUUCUUUAGUUUAUGUUUUAUACAUAAUGAUAGGAGAUGUAGAAACUAAGAAGUAUGAUUUAUACAUCUUUAGAUUUUUGUAAUUUUGAAUCCCAAAACCUCCCUUUUUUGAAGGCUAUUGGCUAAUUAUGUAUGUAGUUAUGUUAUUUGCUUCAAGCUGAAAAUAUCAAGUUCUAAUUAAUGUUUGAACUAUAGAAUAC